AUGCAGUGCAACGAGUCGAAAUCUGAACGCUACUGUAAACUUUUGCUCAGCGUUCUGAGUGUGAAGUCGGUGCCUGCUUACGGAGACUGUCUCUGCGUGGGCUGCUAUCCGAACGUGGGCACAGCCUACAUCAGGGACAUGACUGCCGGAUGCGGACAUGGGCUCAACCUGAUCUUGGACGUGGAUCUGGAGGAGUACUUGCCGCUCAGCGUCGAAGCCGGUUUCGCCAUCAUGGUGCACCACCCGUGGAGCGAGAUUAACGUCGCCAUGGAAACCACAUUUGUGGCCCCCGGCUUCGCCACCUACAUAACUGUCGACCGCGCCGAGUUUCGGAGGCUGGGUCAUCCCUACCAGAACCCGUGUCGUAGUCAGUGGCCACCUGAGAUAAGUGACUACGUCGACAGUGACAAGCACUACACUGCACAUGAGUGCCGUGAAUAUUGCUACCAAGUACGAAUCUUCGAAGCCUGCGGUUGCGUUUCUUCCCUGUACGUACGCCCGGACAGAGGCUCCAUUAACGGCGCUCCCAUCUGCCCGACUGGAAACUCGGCAGGCCCAGCCACGUGUGCGAAAGCGAUGGAAAUGAAAAUUGGUCGCGGAGGCGUCAGGUGCGAGUGCUCCCAGCCCUGCCUGGAUAUUGAGUACCGAACUUCAAUAAGUACUACGGCUUUGCGCAGGAAUGAGGUUCUGAAUAAUUCAAGUCACCAUACCAGGAACAGCCUGCAAGCAGUGGUCACCGUUUAUCGACAGUCGCUACGGACGCGCGUCAGAGCAAGGGUCCCUAAAGUGAAGUUCGCCACUGUGCUCAGCCGUGCCGGAGGCCUGAUGGGCAUGUACCUGGGCGUAUCCAUGCUCCUACUACUCAGCCUGGCCGACGCCCUGACAACGGCGUUUCUUCAGUGGAUCUCGACGAAGAACUGGCGCCAGCGUUUGAAUUGCUUUCGCAGCGACUGCCCGGCGGUAAUCAGUCACGAGAAAUAAAGCUGUAGUUCUCAU